ACCAAAGAGAAGCCACACACUAGGGUACAAACACUAAAAGUGUGCAACACUUUGCACUACUUAGUAGUAAAUAGGCUAAUUAAACAAUAGAAAUCAAUAAACAAGAACUGUUUGCCUAUUUAGCAGAGUGCUUAUCAAAUAUGGAUACUGAGAAGCAGGUCAUUACAACCUAUGGUAGCCAGAUUAAGUGUACCCACCCAUGUGACAACAUCCAACACAUAUCACCCUGCACACACGAAGAAGCCGACAAGAGAAUGCUACUGCACACUUCCCAUGCUGUCCAGUGCGGCUGCAAAAAGAUCUUGCUGCGCACAGUCGAUACAGACGUCCUUGAAUUAGCAGUGGUUUCUAUUCCUAAACUUAACCAGCUUGUUGAUAAUUCAGUUGAGAUCUGGAUUAGUUUUGGAACAGCAAAGAAUCAUCGCUAUAUCCCGGCCCAUGGUAUCUCCAAUAGCCUUAGCCCUGAAGUUGUACUUGGACUUCCAGCCUUCACAGGGUGUCAUACUGUGUCUUCAUUUUUUGGCAAGGGAAAGAAGACAGCAUUAAACACAUGGAACACUUUUCCAGAUGUUAGUAAUGCUUUUGUUACAUUGUCUAGUCACACACCAGUAGUUGAUUCUAAGUUGAUGGAGUAUGUGGAGCGUUUCGUAGUAUUUAUGUAUGAUCGUGCAAGCCCUCACUCUACAGUAGAUGGUGCUCGAAAGCAGUUGUUUGUCCAGAACGGAAGACAGUUUGACAAUAUCCCACCUACAAGAGCAGCUUUAGUAGAGCACGUAAAGCGUACUGCUUACCAGGCAGGUUAUGUUUGGGGCCAAACCUUGAUCUCAUGCCUAUCUCUUCGAAGUCCUCAAGAUUGGAGCUGGUUACUAGACAGCAAACAGUGGAUUCCUUUAUGGACCACUUUACCUGAGGUCAUGCAGUCAUGCCAAGAACUAAUAAGUUGUCGCUGCGUAAAGGGAUGCCGAGGACGGUGCUCGUGUUCAAGAAACGAUCUACGCUGCAGUGAUCUGUGCAGGUGUCCAGCAGCUUGCAACAAUCGAUAAGGAACCAGACUCUUUGGACCAUUCCUCCACUUGUAAAUAUUGAUAUGAAAUUGUAAUUUCUAGUAUACUUUUUCAAGGAACUGAGAAUGUACUGGCGUUAUCAAUAUGUUUAGUUGUACCAUUCUCCAAAACGAUCACAUUCACCUUUAGCCCUUUAUUAUCUGUCCUAAAUAAUAUUUUGGACAGUUGUGUUCAUAAAGUCGUGUGCAAAGUAUUGGCACUUAAGUCUUUCAGUUCCUAGGAGUUUCACUUCCGGUUUACAAUGUGAAAAAUCCUAAUUCCGCUAUAUUAAAUCUAUGAUUAUAAAAAAAACUCUAUUAUGUCAUAUAUUUGGCCAUUAUCAAACCUCUAAAACGCCUUCCAUAUAUUUUGCUAUUACAUUUGUGCCAAAAGAAUAAUUUUCUUGGUCAUCCAUAAUGGGGAAUUUCACUUCCGGUUCAAAAUGGCCGCCAUUUUGAAAACCCCCCCCUUAACACCGCAAAACGAAAAAAAUUGGCGUGGCACUAUAUCAGAUAUUAUUCUACACCUAAAAAGCAAUAAGUCUGCAAAUUUUGGUGAUUUUCACAGAAAGUGAACAAUUUCAGCACAUAUCCGCUCCACUAAUAGGAGUAGCAUAAUUUAGCGUAAUUUAGUGGUAUUUAUGUUGCACACUUUUAGUAAGGAACUCGAUUCCUAUCAUUAUCUUUGUUUGCCUUGGUCKGUCUGCUUGUCUUCUAGUGUUUUGACAGUCUGUCUCUUACUAGUCUUCUUGUUUGUUGUUCCUGCCCUUGUGUUUAGUCUUUCCUUCUUUUGUGUUUUAGUAGCUUUUGCUGCUAUUUUCAGUGGCUUUUUUGUUGUUACUGAAAUCACUUUUACCUAUUAAAUUCAU